AUGGUAUCUUCAGAGGAGCUGUUGACAGAAUGGCCUGUCCAGGAUAUUAUCUACGUGGCAAUCAUUGGGCCUGUCAUGCUUGCGGCCUUCCUGGAAUGGUUUCUAUGGCUUGCGGCUUUCCUAUACUGCCUGUACAAAGUCUUCGUGAAGGCAGAACAUUUCAGUGUGAAAAUUCUCGCCAUCGUUAUGAUGAUAGCGUUCACUGCGCUCAGGUUGGUUAUUUCACCUUGGUGGACUUCACAAGCUGUCAGAUCUAAUAAUGGUGAAUUAGAGUACUUUCCGCAUGAGCUGGUGUCGUUUCUACAAUGGUUUGCCUUUUGGACUUUCGCUGUCCUGCUCAUUGUGCCGUGGCUGUUCUGUGUCUACAGGCUGGUUACGAAUUCGCUGGGCAGGACCAAACGCAUCAAAGAAGUUCUCGACGAUAAGACAGCUCCCAAAACCGUCGUUGUUAUGCCGGUGUACAAAGAGGAGCCCGAAGUUCUCCUCAAAGCUGUGAAUUCCGUCGUCGAUUGCGACUAUCCCCCUCAAUGCAUACAUGUGUUUCUCUCAUACGACGGCGAUGAGGUAGAUGAAUCGUACCUCGCUGUUGCGGGAUUUCUUGGUAUUCCAGUUGGACUAAAGAAAUACCCAACCAGCAUAGAUGUCUCGUAUAAGGGUGCCAGAGUCACACUCUCUCGAUUCAAGCAUGGAGGGAAGCGCCACUGCCAGAAACAAACCUUUAGACUAAUUGACAAGGUCUACGCCAAAUACCUGCUACAAAACGACAAUCUAUUCGUCCUAUUUAUUGACUCGGAUUGUAUCCUCGACCGCGUGUGCCUGCAGAAUUUUAUGUAUGACAUGGAACUCAAACCCGGAAGCAAACGCAACAUGCUGGCGAUGACGGGUGUGAUCACAUCAACAACCAAAAAGACCACACUGAUCACACUGUUGCAGGACAUGGAAUAUAUACAUGGACAACUAUUCGAGCGAUCUGUAGAGUCUGGCUGUGGUGCCGUUACCUGCCUCCCCGGAGCUCUCACCAUCCUUCGUUUCUCUGCCUUCCGGAAGAUGGCAAAGUACUACUUUGCAGACAAAGCCGAGCAAUGUGCCGAUCUAUUCGACUUUGGCAAGUGCCAUUUGGGAGAGGACCGCUGGCUCACGCAUCUGUUCAUGAUUGGAGCUAGGGACAGGUACCAGAUCCAGAUGUGUACCAGCGCAUUUUGCAAAACGGAAGCAGUUCAAACUUUCAGAAGUUUGUUGAAACAGCGAAGACGUUGGUUCUUGGGCUUUAUUACCAACGAAGUUUGUAUGCUUACCGAUGCAAGGCUAUGGUAUCGAUAUCCACUGCUAUGCGUUGUGCGGUUCAUGCAGAACACGAUCAGAACCACGGCUUUGCUCUUCUUUAUAAUGGUGAUCUCGGUAAUUACCACAUCUAACAAGAUUCAAAAUCUCCCUGUUGGGUUCAUUGCAGUGUCUCUUGGAUUGAAUUAUUUGCUUAUGCUUUAUUUUGGAUUGAAGCUUCGUCGUUUCAAGGCUUGGUUAUACCCGAUAAUGUUCCUUUUAAACCCGUUUUUCAACUGGCUCUACAUGGUUAACGGUAUAUUCACAGCCGGUCAACGAACAUGGGGUGGUCCACGAGCAGAUGCAGCGGCCGCUGACGACAACACAUCGCCGACCCAGGCAGCCGACAUGGCUGAGGCUGCUGGCGAUGAGCUUAAUGUAGACCUGAACACGUUUCCCCCAGCGGCUGAAGGCAAAGACCCAGUUCCAGUGCAGCCUCCCGAGGGUGCCGAGGGUCGGUUUGCCGCCCCUACCCUGGGCCCGAAUGGAUGUUAUCAGAAUACCAACGCGUCAGGCCUUACUCUCCCUACACACUUCACCAACGGUGCGGGAUUAGAGUCCCGGCUUUCGUUGGACUCUGCCUUUACUUCAGCCUCAAGGGCAACGUCUAUAGGCUGGCCAUGUGGCGUAGAGUAUCUCAUUGCCCAGGACCGGAGAAGCGUCUUUUUGGGGCUAGAGGACCACAAGAAGAUAGAGAUAGCCCGGAGAAGCGCAGCUCUGGGCGUCGGUGAGGUUUUCACGGGCGAGUUCGAGAUGGGACAUUUCCCAAGCCAGCCGGCUUCACCUGUCCGGAGCUCCCCAUCGAGUUUAAGGAGCGUGUCCUACGAGUUUCCUGCCACCGAUGGUGCACCAGGGAACGCACCCUUCGCUGGCCUCGAGCGGCCUUGCCGAGCCCGUACAGCAAGAAGUCCACUCACCAGGCGGUACUCAGACGGCUUCGUUGACGGGCGUGGCCGUGACUCGUCCAGCCUUCUCUGUGAGAGCCUGGCACUGGAGACUGAUGAAGAAGGGACGUCAGAGGAGAAAAGGGGCCGGGACCGAAGGCGUCUAAUCAAGCCCCCGCCAGUCGACACCACGAAAAAAUGA